AUGCCAAGAGGACCCAAUUCUGCCUUUAUCAUCUCAGAGACCAGCAAACCAGAAAAAGUUUCUGUUUAUUUGCCCAACAUCCCAGAGCCAACAAGCAGAGCUGAGCUGAUGCAGUACUGGAUGAAGUUCACUUUGGAUGAUAAAACUGCCAAUAAAAUGUUGUGGAUUUCUGACCGUGGGUCUAAAGUGUGUCGUAGAACUGAAGAGGUUUGUCCGGAUAGACCAGAGAGAUACGAGUACUCUCCACAGGUGCUGUGCAAAGAGGGCAUCUGGAACAUGAGGGCUUACUGGGAGGUGGAAUACUCCGGCUGGGUGGUAAUUGGAGUCACCUAUGAAGGAGCGGGAAGAAAAGCUGACUCUGGACCGACCGGUCUCGGAGAAAACGAGGAGUCCUGGGGUCUGUGUUGGUCAGGCCAGAUCUGGUUCAAUGGCAUUAACAAUGAUAUAAACAAUGUCCCAUUUUGCUCCACAAUUGGAGUUUACAUCGACCAGCCUGCAGGGAUCAUAAGCUUUUAUGCAGCCGGUGAGGGAGCAGAGAGGGAGGUUAAACUGCUGCAUAAAGUUAAAACUACCAUCGAGAAAAAGAUUCUUCCCAGUUUCUGGAUGGGAAUUCAAUCCUCAUGCACCUUACUGAAGAGAGCAGAAUGA